UUUUACCGCUACAGCUUUUCUCUUUUUCUUUGUUUCAAAAUAAUAAUAAGAAAAAAAAAACCUGAGAUCCGACUCUGCCUCUUCCCGCACAAAAAUGCGCGUACUUGAAUCUCUGUCUCUCGAAUAGUUGAACACAAAAAGAAUCAAAAUCGAAACAAAAAGUUGUAGGCAUGUCGAGGAGGCCAGUGAAUUCCUCUAGACGAUACGGAGACGCCGGUGGGGGAGCUGCUCUCUUUUCGUAUUCCAAAUCUCGCUCUCCUCCUUUUAUCUCCAUUCUUCUCAUUGUCCUGGGUGCAUUGCUUAUUGUUGCGUAUUUUCAUAGUGGCUCAGGUCGAUCCGGAGGCAUAAAGGAACCUGUUACAAGAGUUGAAGGUGACUUUUCCUGCACAUUUGAGGUUCAACGGACUAUUCCUAUUUUGAAGAAAGCAUAUGGUGACAGCAUGCAUAAGGUUUUGCAUGUUGGUCCUGAUACUUGUUCAGUGGUUUCAAAUUUGUUAAAAGAAGAAGAAACUGAAGCUUGGGGUGUGGAGCCGUAUGACAUUGAGGAUGCUGAUACUAACUGCAAAGGACUAGUGCAUAAUGGCAUUGUGCGUGUGUCUGACAUCAAAUUUCCUCUUCCAUACAGGCCGAAAUCGUUCCCUCUUGUAAUUGUUUCGGAUGCAUUAGAUUAUUUGUCUCCAAGAUAUCUCAACAAGACACUUCCAGAUUUUGCAAGGGUAUCGGCUGAUGGAGUUGUCGUAUUUACAGGUCAGCGGAAAGCUAAAGCUGCAGAAGUGUCCAAAUAUGGAAGGGCGGCUAAACUGAGGAGCUCGUCUUGGUGGGCACGAUAUUUUGUCCAGACUAGCUUGGAAGAAAACGAAGUUGCCAGCAAGAAGUUCAGUCAGGCUGCAGAAAAGAACUCAUAUAAGCCCAGUUGCCAAAUUUUUCACCUAAGGUCAUACCACUGAUUUGUUUACAUGGAGUUCCAUAGUGCAGCUUAUUAAAUGUUCAGUAGCAUAGUUUAAAUCUUGGUAUAAAAUGUUUACUUUGCUUUCAUUAGCCUACUUUUGAAUUUCAUCCAGUAUAUGAUGUAUUCUUUUAUUGAUAUUAUUGUGAGUCAAAACAUUUCUCCGAUACAUCAUAUCCUUUUGCUCUAUUGGUAUAUAUAUCUUUUUUGGGUAUAAAAGAGGCUGCAAUUUGGGAAGGAGUUACAGAUGACUGUAUUAAUCAACUAAAAUAAUCUCCAGGUUAUGCUCCACUAAUAAUUGCAACUAAGGUUCUUGCGAAUCACUUGUGAAAGCAAUUGUGGGUCUAGUUGGGUAACCCAUGAUAAAACCUGCGACCCAACCUGAUCCAUUGUUGACCCUUGAGUAGCAAAUCAACCCGAUCCACGCUAAGUUUCCAAUUAAUAAAUAUUUUUUUUAGUGAAAUCAGGCAAUUUAUUUGAAAUAAUUUUAUUUAAACAAAUGUGUAAAACAUAACUUAUACUGUUCCAUUU